CCGGAGGAACACGCUCGCGCUCAAGGCACACCAGAGUUGAGAGAGUUCAGAGUGACAGUGGAGAGUGAGCGUGGACCAACACACAUUGAUUUGUUGUCUGGACAAGGUUCUGCAAGUGCCGUCUCUCGCUGUGAAGAAUCAAGUGCUGCAGCCAUAGACAUUAUUAGAGGAUAUUGAUCCUACCAGGAAGAAAGCGUGGAGCUGCUGAGUGGGUCACGGUCACGCUAGCAGCAUGAAGACAAGGUGUCCCAGAGUCUCCUCACACACACACACACAUUUCACAGCAGGCAGGUCAAAUCUCAUUUCCAUGAUGGAUGAUGGGCGUGACGAUCUAAAUGACACUCAAGUGUUGAAGUGAUGGAUGUCGGAGUGAUGGAUGCCAUUAUGAGUGCAGGUUAAUGUUGGAUGGGACUGAGGAAGGGUCCAUGAAGAGAAGCUUUACAGUGAGAGUACAGAAGAAAAAAAGUCUUGAACCUAAACCCAGACUUGCCGGCCCCAUCUGUAAGUCCAUAACAUUAAGGAUUUAUAUUUCUGGAGUAUAUCUCUAUGUAGUAAUUCUGGAUAUAUUUUUGCACUGAACAGAAUGCACACCUUUUUGGAUGCUCAGAAUAGGACUGUGGACGGAAGUGAGUUAACGAUCUAUGCUGCUAAAGCUUGCCGUAUCAAAGGAAGGUUGUCGCUGCAGGUGAAACGUGAGGUAACAGCCCAAUGAAAGCCGUAGACUACCUGACACAAAGUAUGAUGAAGGCCAGUAAAUGUCAGUGCUGCAGCCUCACAGCGAGAUCUCUGGCUUGAUGAACAGUCUGCAGGUUUGUGCCUGGUGUGUGUGUCUUUGUGAAGACGUUUUGCUCUGUGCUCACUGUGCUCUUCAUAAUAACCACGUUAUUACAAUUAGGGUCAGUUCAGGUUAAGUUUAAGCUUUACAAGUUUAGACUCAGGAAAGCAUUAUGUCAACAACAACGUCGAUGUCCUCACAGAGACAUAAGUACAAGAAUGUGUGUGUGUGAGACUCCUCCUGGCACUCUGAUUUCCUCCCACAGUCCAGAACCAUACAGAGAUUAGUUGAUGACUCCCUGUGCCCUGCGAUUGUUACAAAAACAAUGGAGAAUCUCCCCUCCACCGCCUUUAAGCUCUUGAGUUUGGCAAAGUGAAAUUUACAUUUUAGACUCCUAAAAGCCGCAAAACCACUGUUAAAUCUGUAAUUGUUGGCGUGAAAGAAUCAACGUUGGUGCUUUCAUGUGAUAAACAAACCCAGUUUUUCAAUCAAACUCAGCAAAAUGAAUCAGAAGUUAAGCGGAUCAUUUCAAAUUGGUUGCACUGGGGUAUUAUUCUGUUCACCCUCUGUUUAACACACCCCACCUUCCCACCAAGUGAAGCCUAGACGAGACCAUACCAACUCGGAGGUGAUGGAAGGGGGCUGGACCGCAGCAACCACACUCGCUGCAUCAAUGUUUAACCCUUUAAGUCCAUCUAAAUGUCAGCAGCUGCAACCCAAGCCGCGUGCUUGAGCACCUCUCACCCCGCUGCAGGCUCUUCUGCCUCACAGCAAUGCUGGGCAGCGGACUCUGGAUGCAACCCCCUCCUCUCCCAUCCUCCUGUGGUGAGCCAGUCAGCAGAGCGAGCUGAACAAAGCCAUGGGAGAGAGAAGCUUCUGGGAAGAAAUGUCUCUCACUGACUCCGUCUCCUGGACAACCGGGUAAGAGAGGAGGGAGUGCGGGAGAAGAGGCAUAAAAGAGGGAGCAAAGACAUGAUUAACUGCUGUGACUGGAAUAUUUCCUUAGAAAGAGGCAUGGAGGAGAUGAUCGUGAAGAGCACAAGUUCAUCACGUUUCCAGUGGAAGCAGUAGGCCACGGAUGCUCUACCUGUAACCCCCCCACCCCCCACUCAUCAGCCUCAGGUGCGGGAUGGACGUGCAGGAUGGUCCUCUGCUGUUCCAGACCAGCUGGGCAGGAGAGGAUGAGGAGCAGGACGAGGAGGAGGAGGAUGAGGAGGAUGGGGUGACACAUGCAGCAGGACGGAGUGUGUGGAGGGCAGUGGGCUGGUUGUACGCUCAGCCCUGGGCCAGCGGAGGGAUCCUAGGGGUCGCUGUCCUGCUACCUUGCACCCUGUUUGCCUACAUGCUCAUCUACUGCCCCCCUCUGGACAUAGAUCUGUCCUACAGUGCCUUUGAGGUGCACACUCACUUCUCCGCCGAGCGCUUUGACGCGCUCACCAUCGCUGUCAAGAGUCAGCUGGGAUCCUGGGACCGGCGCCGGAGAGACCUCCACUCUGAGGUCCUGUGCGAGCUCCUGCUGGAGAAGCUGGGCCACGCUAACCGGACUAGUGAGAACUCCACUGUCACCUGUCAAACAGAAGCGCCUCAGUGGAGAAGCAGGGAUGAAGCGAUGGAGAUGGAGGAAAGUGUGAAGCACAAUGACACGAAGCACAAGAACGGGGAGAUCUUGAGGAGGCGCAGGUUUGCUCCCAAUUAUUACCUGCAGAGUCAGGCCAUUUGGAGGAUCGAGCUGGUGUUUGUGGCUCAAGGAGACGGUGACAGCAACAUCUUCACCCCCGAGCGCCUGCAGACCAUCCAUCAUGUGGAGCGCCUGCUGAUGCAGCACCCACAGUUCCAGCAGUUCUGCUGGAAGCCCAUGGAGGUGCUGAGGGAUCUCCCUCUGGGACCGUCCUACUGCUCCCCGCCCAGCUCACUCCUCACCUACCUCUACCCGAGUGAGCGAGGAGGCAAGAUCUACUACGACGGCAUGGGUCCAGAUCUGGCCGACAUCCAAGGUUCUCUGAGGUUGGCCAUCACUCACCCGCAGUUUUAUUGGUAUGUGGACGAGAGUCUCUCCCCCGAGCGACUCUCCUCCUCCCUGCUGCGCAGCGAGAUCCACUUUGGAGCGCCUCUUCCAUCAUACUAUUCCCUGCAGGACCGAGGAGAUGAGCAAAGAACUCGCUUCAAGAACUUUGUAGUUCAGUACGCAGACAUCCUGGCCAAGCAAUCCACCAGGCAGGUGAAGGUGCUUUACGGAGGAACUGAGCUGUUCGAUGAUGAAGUCCGACACACCUUCCACAAUGAUGUGAUGCUGGCCUUCAUCAGCGGAGUCUGCAUCGCCCUGCUGGUCUUUGUGCUCACCUCCUUCUCAGUGUUUCUCACCGUCUUCGGUCUGGCCAGCAUCGGACUGAGCUGCCUCAUGGCUCUGUUCCUGUACCACGUGGUGUUCGGUGUGCGCUACCUGGGGAUUCUGAAUGGGGUGGCUGCUUUCGUCAUCAUCGGUAUCGGGGUGGACGAUGUGUUCGUCUUCAUCAGCACCUUCAGACAGGCCUCAGAUCUGCUCCCGCUGUCGCAGCGAAUCGUCUACACCAUGAAGACAGCUGGUCGUGCCACUUUCAUCACCUCCUUCACCACGGCGGCUGCAUACGCAGCCAACACCUUCUCUCAGAUCCCGGCCGUGCACGACUUCGGCCUCUUCAUGGCUCUCAUCGUCAGCUGCUGCUGGCUCUGCGUGUUUGUCCUGAUGCCAGCUGCUCUCUGUAUCUGGACUCAGCGUGUGGAGCCUCGCGAACACGCCUGGCUGAACUGCUGUCUCUCUGUCCCCGGUUGGAAGCUGUUUUCGGGAUUGUCAGUGAGCCACAGUCCUUUGUCAGACGAGGACGACGACGUGGCGCUUCUGUCUGUUGAGAUGGAGCCAGGCUCCUGUGACACAGAUGGUGAUGCUGCCAUUCUGUCCCUGUCAGUGGAGACACCUUCGUCCCCUGCUGGCCGGAGACACGUGGGUGUGGUCAGCACUAAGCUCCAGUGGGCCCUCAAGCGUUUGGUGGCUGAACCGGCUGUGGAGCACAGGAAGGCAGUUCUUGGUGUCUUUCUCCUGGUCCUGCUCGUGUCAGCCGGCUGCUGCUGCCUCCUGAGACCCGCCACCAACGCCCCCCUCCUCUUCCGCCGCGACACAAACCUCCAAACCCUGCUGGCUCUCAGGAGCAACCUCAGUGGUCAAGGCAUCUCCUGCCCCAUGUGCUCAGGUGUCUUCAUGGAGAAACCCAAACCUUUAUACGGCCGCGCUUCAGCUUUCAAGGUCUCUGCACGCCAGCAGAGCAGCAGAAAAACCUCAGGCACAAACCAAACAGAUGUUCUGCUGACAGUGUGUGUAUCGAAGAUGGAGUCCGGAGCAGCCUCGACAGUUUAUCGCUUCACUCUCAACACCAGCACUCCUGCAGCGCCUCAGCCGAGCGGCACGCAGCACGAUGAGGUUUCCUUCUUUCAGGCGUAUAAUGAGUCUCAUGGAAACUACACCCGGAGGAUGACGGCGUGCGUGUCCCGCGUGUACCGCCCCGACACCAGCUGGAUGCUCACAUCCGGAUCAUGUGACCACCGCCAUGGCUGGACGCCAGAGUUCUCCUUUUACGUGUCACCGUCACCGCAGCAACACAGCAGGAAACUCUUCUUUGCUCAGCACCGACUCAGACCUCAUUCUACCCGAGUGUGCACCAGAUCCUCCGGCUGUGGCGUCACUUCCGUGCCCGAUGGACCCACCAAGGGAACCUUUUAUGUCCCACUUCCAAGUGUUUCCUCCUCGGAAGAUAAAAAGAUCUCCAAAACAUCUGGCUUCAACCCGUGCAGCGGCGGCGUCUGCGGGCAGCCGGCCGUCCGCCCCCUGGUGGACACGGGCGCCAUGGUUUUCGUGGUGUUUGGGAUCCUGGGCGUGAACCGCAGCGAGCAGCGGGACAAUCACGUGAUCGGCGACGUGGGAAAAGUGAUACUGGAUCCAGAGUUUGAUAUUUUCCAGGAGAUGGAACAUCUGUGCAGAAUCUGUAAAGCCAUCAGUGCAAACAAGCAGCUGGUGAAGCCUGGAGGAGCUCAGUGUCUGCCAUCAGGAAACAAGCUCUCGUCCGUGCUACCUCUGCUCCAUCCCGAGUGCCACUCCCUCCCUGUGCCGAACCUGCUCCCGGGUCAGCUGUCUCACGGAGCCGUGGGGACUCAGGCGGGAAAGGUCCGUUGGCUGUCCAUGGCCUUUGAGUCGACCACCUACAAGGGCAAGUCCUCCUUCCAGACCUACUCGGAUUUCCUGCAGUGGGAGACCUUCGUCCAGGAGCUGCUGUCGUCCCUCCCUCGCUCCUCUGCGCUGAGGAGAGGAUUCCAGACCUGCGAGCACUGGAAGCAGAUCUUCAUGGAGAUAAUCGGGGUGGAGAGCGCCCUCUGGAGUUUGCUGCUGUCUCUGGCCAUCUGUGUGGCCGCCGUGUCCGUCUUCACUGCUCACCUCUUCCUGCUGCUGCCGGUGCUCAUCACCAUUUUAGGGGUCAUCUGCCUGGUGGUGGCGCUCAUGUACUGGCUGGGCUGGGAACUGGGUGCGGUGGAGGCCAUUUCUCUGUCCAUCCUGGUGGGGUCAUCCGUGGACUACUGUCUGCACCUGGUGGAAGGCUACAUGCUCGCCGGGGCCAAGGCCUCUUCUGCCUCUGGACUGGACUCGGAGCCGGCGGCUGAGCGUCAGCGUCGCACCGUGGAGGCGGUGCACCACGUGGGCGUGGCCAUUGUGUCCAGCGCCCUCACCACCGUCAUCUCCACGGUCCCGCUCUUCUUCUGCGUCAUCGUGCCUUUCGCCAAGUUCGGUCAGAUCGUGGCCAUCAACACCGCCGUCUCCAUCCUCUUCACCCUGACCGUGACGGUGGCCAGCCUGGCCGUCAUGGCCCCUGCCCGCUUCAGCCGCCCCCCCAGCGCCGUGCUGAAGGCCAUCCUAGCGGUGGCGCCGGCCGCUGCGGCGGGAGCGGCGCUGUGCUGGGCCGGAGGUCAGCUGGGGACGUCGGCCUGGCAGUCCUUCAGCCAGUGACCGCAGCUGGGAACUUCUGCUGCACAGUGAUGUCAAAACCACACACCCGAGCACAACACACACACACACACGACAAGUCUUUUCUAAAGUCAUGUGACUCAGUCAAGCAAGUGUUCUCACUGACUGUUCUGUGACCCGUGUGUGUCCAGGUCACCUGAUGACUCGCUGUCCUCAGGCACGUGUUACGUGAUUCUUGAGCAACAUCUGUGUUGUUGUCAGUGCUGGAUUAAAAAG